GCAUUCUCGUUGGUAUCACCCCCGGUAUUCUGGUACCGUUAAAAGACCUGAAAGCAUGGGGCGGCAACUGAUUUUGAGCAUGGCCUUUUUGGUCUUGGUGGCACAUCAAACACUUGCACAGGAGUGUGCUGUUAACCAGUGUGACAAUGGCGAGACGUGCUACACUAGAAACAGCGCAGAGGGCUACGUGUGCGAAUGCAACCUGCCAUUCAGAGACAACUACAACUGUGCUGCUGGACCUGAUAACCAGGAAAUUUACACCUGCUACGGAAGUUCCUGCGCUACGGGCACCUUCGUCAGUAAAAACUACCCCUCGGCCUAUCCCAACCGGUACCGCGCCUUGUACCUUCUUUACAUCCCAGGGGCUAAUGGGGUCCGUUUCACCUUCAACAAUGUCUUUGGCAUCGAGACGGACAAAGAUGAACUGUACAUUGGUAGAGGCCUCACUGUUGACUUUGACUCUUUGAAUGGCGUCAGCUCGGUCAACCCAGAUGUGUUCUUCUUUGAGGGGUUCGCCCAGCCCGCCGAUUUCGUUGUUCCUGACACCGAUACUGUCUGGAUGUACUUCAUUACUGAUAAGAACCUUGAGUUCAGUGGUUUCUCCGUAUCUUGGCAGCCAGUUGAUACUGCUGCACCUGUAAUCACCAACUGUCCAUCAGACAUCACUCAGGCCUCCGCAUUAAACCAGGCAACCCAGGUAUUCUGGACUGCCCCAACUGCAACGGAUGCGUCUGAAUUCACCACUAGCGUUUCUCACUUUCCUGGGACUGCCUUCCCAGUGGGGUCAACUACUGUGACUUACCUCUUCACUGACACUCUUGGCAACAGCAACGCUUGUUCCUUCACAGUCAAUGUUUUAUUUGUUGAUUCCACUCCGCCAGUUAUCACUGGAUGCCCAAGCAAUAUUAUUGUUUCGUCAUCCAGCAACCAGGGCACUUCAGUGUUUUGGACUGCGCCGACUGCCACAGAUAUCUCACAGGUCUCUACACAGGCUUCCAAUGUGCCUGGAGACAACUUCUCUAUUGGCAACACACAGGUUUCAUAUCUCUUCACUGAUGCAUCGGGCAAUACUGCAGUGUGCUCAUUUCAAGUGACUGUACAGUUUGUGGAUAAUACCCCUCCAACGGUAUCAAACUGUCCCCAGUCCUUUACCCGCACUGCAUCCUUUGGUGUGUCGUCCAUUGCGGUCUCCUGGGUUGAGCCAACAGCUACCGACAACCUGGGCACGCCAACCCUUAGCAUUCAAUCCCCAGUACCCGGCAGCCAGUUCGCUGUUGGACAAACAACUUCAGUGUUGUACAGAUGGACGGACUCAUCUGGAAACACAGCAGAUUGCAGUUUUGACGUGACAGUCAUAUCGCUUGCUGAUAACGAUGCCCCAGUGGUAACCUUUUGCCCGGAUGAUAUCACCAUGUUCGUCCCCUUCCUGAGUACCGGUACCACGGUCUCAUGGACUGCACCAACAGCCGACGACAACUCUGGUGCAUUUGAAACCACGCAGACACACGCCUCUGGGACAUUUUUUGCCACCGGUGUUAGCGUUCCCGUCACCUACACUUUCACAGACGCCUCCAAUAAUCAGGCAACAUGUACUUUCACUGUUAGAGUGUUCCAGCAGAACGAUAACACGGCACCAAUAGUCAGUAACUGCCCAGACAACCAGGCCGUCACUGUACCCUUUGGGAGCACAGGGACCACUGUGUCUUGGAAUGAGCCCACAGUUACUGAUAACUCUGGAGCAUUCACAACCACCCAGACCAGAGACUCUGGAACUUUCUUCAACAGUGGAACACAGACCCAGGUUACGUACACAUUCACUGACGCUGCCAACAACCAGGCUUUCUGUUCGUUCACUGUGACUGUAGUAUCAUUAGGUGACACUUCUGCUCCAUCUGUGACCUCCUGCCCAGCAGACAUAACCAUGUUUGUCCCAUUCCUAAACCCUGGAACAACAGUGGCAUGGACCGAGCCAUCGGUAAAUGAUGACUCUGGUGCCUUUGAUACCACACAAACACGUACCUCUGGAUCAUUCUUUAGUAUUGGUGACUCUUCGGUUGUCUACACUUUCACUGAUGCUGCUGGAAACCAAGCUACUUGUGAAUUCCUUGUCAGAGUUAUCCAACAAGGAGAUAAUGAAGCCCCACUUGUUGCAGUUUGUCCUGAGAGUACCUCAGUGACAGUUCCCUUCCAGAGCACAGGGACCACUGUGUCUUGGAAUGAGCCCACAGUUACUGAUAACUCUGGAGCAUUCACAACCACACAGACACGAGAAUCAGGAACUUUUUUUAACAGUGGGACACAGACCCAGGUUACCUACACAUUCACUGACGCUGCCAAUAACCAGGCUUUCUGUACAUUCACUGUGACUGUAGUAUCAUUAGGUGACACUUCAGCUCCAUCUGUGACCUCCUGCCCAGCAGACAUAACCAUGUUUGUCCCAUUCCUAAACCCUGGAACAACAGUGACAUGGACCGAGCCAUCGGUAAAUGAUAACUCUGGUGCCUUUGAUACAACACAGACACGUACCUCUGGAUCAUUCUUUAGUAUUGGUGACUCUUCGGUUGUCUACACUUUCACUGAUGCUGCUGGAAACCAAGCUACUUGUGAAUUCCUUGUCAGAGUUAUCCAACAAGGAGAUAAUGAAGCCCCACUUGUUGCAGUUUGUCCUGAGAGUACCUCAGUGACAGUUCCCUUCCAGAGCACAGGGACCACUGUGUCUUGGAAUGAGCCCACAGUUACUGAUAACUCUGGAGCAUUCACAACCACACAGACACGAGAAUCAGGAACUUUUUUUAACAGUGGGACACAGACCCAGGUUACCUACACAUUCACUGACGCUGCCAAUAACCAGGCUUUCUGUACAUUCACUGUGACUGUAGUAUCAUUAGGUGACACUUCAGCUCCAGCUGUGACCUUCUGCCCAGCAGACAUAACCAUGUUUGUCCCAUUCCUAAACCCUGGAACAACAGUGACAUGGACCGAGCCAUCGGUAAAUGAUAACUCUGGUGCCUUUGAUACCACACAGACACGUACCUCUGGAUCAUUCUUUAGUAUUGGUGACUCUUCGGUUGUCUACACUUUCACUGAUGCUGCUGGAAACCAAGCUACUUGUGAAUUCCUUGUCAGAGUUAUCCAACAAGGAGAUAAUGAAGCCCCACUUGUUGCAGUUUGUCCUGAGAGUACCUCGGUGACAGUUCCCUUCCAGAGCACAGGGACCACUGUGUCUUGGAAUGAGCCCACAGUUACUGAUAACUCUGGAGCAUUCACAACCACACAGACACGAGAAUCAGGAACUUUUUUUAACAGUGGGACACAGACCCAGGUUACCUACACAUUCACUGACGCUGCCAAUAACCAGGCUUUCUGUACAUUCACUGUGACUGUAGUAUCAUUAGGUGACACUUCAGCUCCAUCUGUGAUUUCCUGCCCAGCAGACAUAACCAUGUUUGUCCCAUUCCUAAACCCUGGAACAACAGUGACAUGGACCGAGCCAUCGGUAGAUGAUAACUCUGGUGCCUUUGAUACCACACAGACACGUACCUCUGGAUCAUUCUUUAGUAUUGGUGACUCUUCGGUUGUCUACACUUUCACUGAUGCUGCUGGAAACCAAGCUACUUGUGAAUUCCUUGUCAGAGUUAUCCAACAAGGAGAUAAUGAAGCCCCACUUGUUGCAGUUUGUCCUGAGAGUACCUCAGUGACAGUUCCCUUCCAGAGCACAGGGACCACUGUGUCUUGGAAUGAGCCCACAGUUACUGAUAACUCUGGAGCAUUCACAACCACACAGACCAGAGAAUCAGGAACUUUUUUUAACAGUGGGACACAGACCCAGGUUACCUACACAUUCACUGACGCUGCCAAUAACCAGGCUUUCUGUACAUUCACUGUGACUGUAGUAUCAUUAGGUGACACUUCAGCUCCAUCUGUGACCUCCUGCCCAGCAGACAUAACCAUGUUUGUCCCAUUCCUAAACCCUGGAACAACAGUGACAUGGACCGAGCCAUCGGUAAAUGAUAACUCUGGUGCCUUUGAUACAACACAGACACGUACCUCUGGAUCAUUCUUUAGUAUUGGUGACUCUUCGGUUGUCUACACUUUCACUGAUGCUGCUGGAAACCAAGCUACUUGUGAAUUCCUUGUCAGAGUUAUCCAACAAGGAGAUAAUGAAGCCCCACUUGUUGCAGUUUGUCCUGAGAGUACCUCAGUGACAGUUCCCUUCCAGAGCACAGGGACCACUGUGUCUUGGAAUGAGCCCACAGUUACUGAUAACUCUGGAGCAUUCACAACCACACAGACACGAGAAUCAGGAACUUUUUUUAACAGUGGGACACAGACCCAGGUUACCUACACAUUCACUGACGCUGCCAAUAACCAGGCUUUCUGUACAUUCACUGUGACUGUAGUAUCAUUAGGUGACACUUCAGCUCCAUCUGUGACCUCCUGCCCAGCAGACAUAACCAUGUUUGUCCCAUUCCUAAACCCUGGAACAACAGUGACAUGGACCGAGCCAUCGGUAAAUGAUAACUCUGGUGCCUUUGAUACCACACAGACACGUACCUCUGGAUCAUUCUUUAGUAUUGGUGACUCUUCGGUUGUCUACACUUUCACUGAUGCUGCUGGAAACCAAGCUACUUGUGAAUUCCUUGUCAGAGUUAUCCAACAAGGAGAUAAUGAAGCCCCACUUGUUGCAGUUUGUCCUGAGAGUACCUCAGUGACAGUUCCCUUCCAGAGCACAGGGACCACUGUGUCUUGGAAUGAGCCCACAGUUACUGAUAACUCUGGAGCAUUCACAACCACACAGACCAGAGAAUCAGGAACUUUUUUUAACAGUGGGACACAGACUCAGGUUACCUACACAUUCACUGACGCUGCCAAUAACCAGGCUUUCUGUACAUUCACUGUGACUGUAGUAUCAUUAGGUGACACUUCAGCUCCAUCUGUGACCUCCUGCCCAGCAGACAUAACCAUGUUUGUCCCAUUCCUAAACCCUGGAACAACAGUGACAUGGACCGAGCCAUCGGUAAAUGAUAACUCUGGUGCCUUUGAUACAACACAGACACGUACCUCUGGAUCAUUUUUUAGUAUUGGUGACUCUUCGGUUGUCUACACUUUCACUGAUGCUGCUGGAAACCAAGCUACUUGUGAAUUCCUUGUCAGAGUUAUCCAACAAGGAGAUAAUGAAGCCCCACUUGUUGCAGUUUGUCCUGAGAGUACCUCAGUGACAGUUCCCUUCCAGAGCACAGGGACCACUGUGUCUUGGAAUGAGCCCACAGUUACUGAUAACUCUGGAGCAUUCACAACCACACAGACCAGAGAAUCAGGAACUUUCUUUAACAGUGGGACACAGACCCAGGUUACCUACACAUUCACUGACGCUGCCAAUAACCAGGCUUUCUGUACAUUCACUGUGACCGUUGUACCUUUAGGUGAUACCAAUCCACCAAUCGUCGCCAACUGCCCAAGUGAUAUUACAGAGGUAGUGCCCUUCCUCAUCAGUGGAACAGCAGUCACAUGGACUGAGCCGGUUGUCAGUGACAAUUCAGGUUCCUUUGAGACCUCUCAGACAGUGACGUCAGGGUCUUUCUUUGCGAGUGGCAUAGACACUGUUGUCACUUACACCUUCAGGGAUGCAGCUGGCAAUGAAGCAGUUUGUGUAUUUACCGUCAGAGUGAUCCAACAAACUGACAUGACACCACCGAUGGUCGCAAACUGCCCCGAGAGUAUCUCUGUCACCGUGCCUUUCCAGAGCUCUGGAACAACAGUAAACUGGAAUGAGCCGGUCGUGACAGACAACUCCGGAGCAUUCACCAUUGACCAGACACACCAAUCGGGAGACUUGUUUGCAAGUAACACACAGACUACCAUCACGUACACAUUCACCGAUAAUGCUAACAACCAAGCCGCCUGCUCCUUUACAGUUACUGUAGUACCCCUGGGUGAUACCGUCCCACCUCGUGUGGACUUCUGCCCACAAGAUAUCACAGAAUUUGUGCCCUUCCUGACCUCUGGAACAUCAGUGACAUGGACCGCGCCAACUGUAUUUGAUAACUCUGGUGCCUUUGAUACCACACAGACACGCGCCUCGGGAUCAUUCUUUAGUGUUGGUGACUCUCCGGUUGUCUACACUUUCACUGAUGCUGCUGGAAACCAAAAUACCUGUUCAUUUGUUGUCAGGGUUAUUCAGCAAGGUGAUACACUUCCUCCAGUUGUCGUCCUUUGCCCCGACAGCGUCGCUGUCACAGUUCCAUACCAGAGCACUGGGACCUCCAUCUCAUGGAAUGAGCCCACAGCUACUGAUAACUCUGGAGCAUUCACAACCACCCAGACCGUAGAUUCUGGAACUUUCUUCAACACUGGAACACAGACCCAGGUUACCUACACAUUCACUGACACUGCCAACAACCAGGCUUUCUGUACAUUCACUGUGACUGUAACUGAGCAAGCUGAUCCGGAACCACCUAUGGUUGUUUGCCCCUCGAACCAAAACGAAGUGAUUCAGUUUGGUGCUGGUGGAGCGGUCAUCACCUGGAACAACCCAACAGUUAGCGACAACUCUGGUAGCUUCAGUCUGAUCGAGAGCAGCCACAACUCUGGGAACUUCCUCCCCACCGGGCAGACUGUCGUAACGUACCGUUACGCAGAUGAUGCCGGAAAUGAGAACUCUUGCAGCUUUGUUGUGAAUAUCGUUGAAGUGGACUCCAUUCCUCCAGUGCUAACAUCCUGCCCCGGCAACCUCGUAGAACAGGUUCAGUUUGGCGUGUCCGGCACCACAGCUACCUGGGAGGAGCCCACGGCCACUGAUAACACCGGCCAGACAGUGGUCAUCUCCCAGAGAAACUUCCUGCCCGGGUCCUUCUUCCCUGUGGGUGGCACCACCGUUACCUAUGUACUGAUGGACCCAUCUGGGAACGAGGUUACAUGCCAGUUCAUUGUUACUGUCAUCGCUGUUGAUUCACUCCCGCCAACCCUCCUCUUCUGCCCUUCGGACAUCGUCAGGACCGUAGUGGCUGGCGACGCACCGGUUCCUGUCAACUUCGUCGUACCUACCGCAACGGACAACACUGGUGUAGUCAACCUUGUCUUCAACACCAUGAGCCCCGGGAAUAGUUUCCCUGUCGGUUCGACCCAGGUCACUUACUUCUUUGAGGAUGAGGCUGGGAACUCCGUCAGCUGUAUUUUCACAGUUACAAUCGAAGAAGUUGAUGCCUGCCUGUCUCAGCCCUGCUUGAAUGGCGGUAUCUGCAUCCCUGAUACCCUGACCUCCUACCGAUGUGUGUGCACAGAUUGCUUCACUGGUGACCGCUGCUCAGUUCCCGUAAAUGCUUGUGAUAACAACGUUUGCCAGAACGGAGCAGCCUGUGCUCAACUCUCAGGAUCAUGUACACAGUAUGACUGCCAGUGUCCUCAGUGCUAUACCGGGCAAUACUGCGAUGUCUACGUGGAUAGCUGUGAGAACAACCAAUGUACUAAUGGAGCAGUCUGCGCCACAGAUCCCGACAAUUGUCUGGAGUACACCUGCCAGUGCCCAUCUUGCUUUACUGGACGCUUCUGUGACAUACCAAUUUCCGCCUGUGCAUCCAACAAUUGUGCAAAUGGAGCUGUUUGCGUACCAAGUUCAAACUCUCCCAACUCCGCUUUCUCUUGUUCGGAGUACACAUGCUCAUGCUCUGGAUGCUUCACCGGCGAAAGAUGUGAAAGCCAGCGUGAUGCUUGCAAUCCGAGUCCAUGUGUUAACGGUGCUGUGUGCUCAACCCUGCCAGACUCCUGCUACUCCUAUGCUUGUCAGUGCACUGGAUGCUUCACUGGUUACAACUGUGAACUACCCAUUGCUUCACCCUGUGCCGACAACCCAUGUUUGAACGGUGGUGUGUGCACUACUGUCCAGGGAACCUGCUCAGCAUAUGUCUGCUCAUGCCCCAACACCCACAUCGGUAUCAACUGUGAAACAUCGGUGAUUGUGAACCUGAAUCCAUGCAACAGCUUUCCCUGCCAGAAUGGAGCCAGCUGCCUUACAAUGGAUGGCUCAUACUACAUCUGCCUCUGCACAACUAACUUUGUGGGAACCAACUGCCAGACCUCAAAAGCCAAUAUCCCAGCCAUGGACCUGUGUGACAACACUCCAUGCCUCAACAAUGGCGACUGCUACAAUAGCUACAACAGUAACUCCGGCACAAACUUGAUCCCACAAUACACCUGCGUAUGCGGAAAUGGCUUCACUGGAUCCAAUUGUGCCCUCACAACCGGCGAUAACCCAACUCUGGAUAUCUGCGUUCUAAGUGACACACCAAACUGUGAACAGGGGGCGCCGUGUUCCAACGCCUUCCAUAGCUUCGACCAAGAUGUGGAUUACUUCUGUGCUUGCCCAGUCGGCUUCAUCGGCCACAACUGCGAGACCAUUUCACCCAACCCAUGUGCCAGUAACCCAUGUAAGAACGGAGCCCAGUGUGUUCCGACAAACACAUUCUACACUUGUCAAUGUGCAACGGGAUACAGUGGUAGCACUUGCGAGAUACCUGUCGGUGACAACACGGAUCCUGUCAUCAGCGGCUGUCCACAGUCCAUCACGAUGAAUGUCCAGACAGGAAGCAGCGCAGUCGUCACCUGGACACCACCCACAGCAACUGAUAACUCAGGCACAGCGUUCAUCGCCUUCUCAUCCAGCAGCCCAGGGAGUGUCUUCCCCGCUGGCACGACCCCAGUCUCCUAUGUCUUCUCUGAUCCGAGCCAGAAUUACGCCAGCUGCAGUUUCUUUGUCACUGUCACCGGCACAACUACUGACAACAUCCCACCAGUCAUCAGCAAUUGCCCCAAUAACAUCUUGCAAACAGCAGCCCCGGGCGCAACCAGCGCCACUGUCAGCUGGGCAGUACCUACGGCUACAGAUAAUUCCGGUAACACGGUCAACCGAGUGUCCACAGCCACUCCUGGUGCAAGCUUCAACAUCGGUUCCACAACAGUCGCCUACACUUUCAGUGACAACUCUGGCAACGACGCUGUGUGCUCGUUCAUCGUCACUGUGAAUAGUGGAACCGUAGUGGAUAACACAGCCCCAGUCAUUUCCAACUGCCCAAUGAGUGCAUCAGCAACAGCAGCGUCUGGCACCAACACAGCCGUGGUGACUUGGACUGUACCCACCGCCACAGAUAACUCUGGUGGUGUGGUGACCAGCACUUCAACGCGCAACUCUGGUGACUCAUUCACCGCCGGCGUCACCACCGUGACCUACAUCUUCUCUGACCCAACUGGAAACCAGGCUACAUGCCAGUUUGUCGUCAUGGUCAGUGACUUCACCGGCGACACACAAGCUCCUGUCAUCUCAGGGUGUCCCAACUCCCAGACUAUCUCCCCCAAUGCAGGAGCCAACACGGCCACUGCAACCUGGAUUGAGCCGACUGCAACAGACAACAGCGGCAGAGUGCCUGGUGUUGCAAGCUCCCACACCCCACCGGCUUCCUUCCCAGCCAACACAGUGACCAGAGUGUCGUACGUCUUCUAUGAUAAUGUCGGCAACUUUGACCAGUGUGAUUUCCAAAUCACAGUCACAGCUGGCACACCGGGCACAGACACCACUGCACCCGUCAUCAGCAACUGCCCAGCAGGAGCUUCGGCCACUGCAGUCCCAGGCGCAUCCUCUGCCUUUGUUUCUUGGGUAGAGCCAACGGCAGUGGACAAUGAUGGACAAACAGUUAGCGUUGCGAGGUCUCAAGCCCCGUCCACGUCCUUCAACAUUGGCACGACCUCCGUCUCUUACACAUUCACCGACACUUCUGGAAACCAGGCCCGUUGCAACUUCAAUGUAGUUGUCACUUCAGGUGGAACCGUUGUGGAUAACACAGCCCCAGUCAUAUCCAACUGUCCAAUGAGUGCAUCAGCAACAGCAGCGUCUGGCACCAACACAGCCGUGGUGACUUGGACUGUACCUACUGCCACAGAUAACUCUGGUGGUGUGGUGACCAGCACUUCAACCCACAACUCUGGUGACUCAUUCACCACCGGCGUCACCACCGUGACCUACACCUUCUCUGACCCAACCGGAAACCAGGCUACCUGCCAGUUUGUCGUCAUGGUCAAUGAUUUCACCGGUGACACACAAGCUCCGGUUAUCUCGGGGUGCCCUGUCUCAAGGAGUGUCGCUCCCGACGCAGGAACCAACGCAGCCAUCGUUUCCUGGGUUGAGCCGACUGCAACAGACAACAGCGGCAGAGUACCUGGUGUUGCAAGGUCACAUACCCCACCGGCUUCCUUCCCAGGCAACACAGUGACCAUGGUGUCGUACAUCUUCUUUGAUAAUGUCGGCAACUUUGACACGUGUAGUUUCACCAUCACUGUAUCAGCCGGGACUGGUACAGGAACCGACACCACCGCGCCCGUCAUCAGCGGCUGCCCCUCUGGAGCCUCGGCUGUAACCUCUACUCCAGGAGCCAGCGCUGCUAUUGUAUCAUGGGUUGAGCCCACCGCAACGGACAACGAUGGACAAGCGGUAACUGUCUCUAGAUCUCAAGCUCCGUCCACCGCCUUCAACAUUGGGAGCACAGCCGUCUCCUACGUGUUCACCGACACGGCUGGAAACCAGGCCACCUGCACCUUCAAUGUUGUUGUCACACCAGCCUCUAAUGUAGACAACCUCAGCCCGGUGUUCUCCUUCUGCCCGAAUGACAUCACUACCUUCGUGCAGAGUGCUGGGACGACAGCAACUGUAUCCUGGACGGUACCAUCGGUCACAGACAACUCCGGAAUCUCCCCUCAGGUCUCCUCAAACUUUGCCCCGAAUUCAGCCUUCAGCGUUGGCACCACUGUAGUUCAAUACACUGCAACUGACAAUACUGGCAACCAGGCAACUUGUGGCUUCAAUGUAAAUGUUAUUGUGGACAGUACAGCACCAGUCAUCAGCGGUUGCCCAGCUGACAGGACCGAGACUCUCCCAACUGGUGCAACAUCCGUGACCAGCGUUUGGACUGAGCCUACAGCAACGGACAACAACGGAGCGGUCACCACAACCCGGUCCCACGCACCAGGGGACACCUUCAAUCAGGGGACUACCGCAGUCACUUACGUCUUUGCCGACACCGCUGGCAACCAAGCAACCUGCUCCUUUUUGGUGACUGUUAAUGCUGUAACAACCACCAACCCAUGUAAUAGUAACCCUUGUCCCGCUGGCCAGAACUGCUACUACAGCGACGCAGAGUACCUCUGUCUAGCCCAACGAAGGAAGCGUGAUGCUGGAGAAGAUGAAUGCUUAUGCAAGAAUGGAGGAGUUUGUACUUCUGGCGAUGACUAUGAAGCUGUCAGUCGAUCCUGCCUAUGCCCUGCAGAUUUCACCGGAAUCCUCUGUGAAAAAGCGAUUGUUUCUGUAAGCUUGUGUAAGCCAAACCCCUGUGCUAAUAACGGCACAUGUGUAGAGGAUAUGUCAUCUGCAGACAUGUACACUUGUCUGUGCAGCUCAGGCUGGGAAGGAUACCACUGCAAGCAAGCCGUGGGAGAAUAUGAGCCCCGUCAUGAAGUCUCCAUCCCUACCGAAGCCUACCAAGGGAUGCAGCUCCUCGUCGGUUGCUUCAUGGCUGUCCUGGGUACGGUCAUCAUCAUCCUGGCCGCCACCAUCUGUCGACUGAUUCCUAAGCGCAACCAGAAAUUCCGCAUCGAUGAGACCCACCUCGUCCAUUAGAACUAUCAUCCAUUCACAAUGAUUUUAUUUCACCAGAAUGCUACUUAAAGGCCCAGUCUGCAGUGCACCUUGGAGGUCAGUUCAAUACUUUUUUUUUUUUUUAAGAAAUGGCUCGGGUUACUACUAUUUUGUUUGUUAAAGUCAGUGCAGAAGGUUGCGCAUUGUAUGACAUAUAUGGGAUUUCAAAUAAAUAAGCCUGAAAUCUUUUCUCACAAUAGUAUUAGCUAUAUCACAUGAGAGUGAGUGGAAUAUGGAAAAAUAUAUAGAGAUUUUGCUUUAUCUAACAAAGCCAUAUUUGCUGCACUCCAUGAGUGCGGGUGGUGUGAUAAGGAUUUCAUCUUCAAGCAUGCUUGAUGUACAGCUUAACGCAAUACGGGCUGUUUGAACAGCUGUACGUUUUGCAUAUACUUUUUAGCUUAAAAUAGCGCAGUACGCAGAGUGAGAAAAGCGCAAUACGCAGGGUGUGAUUUGGGCCACCAAUCAGAGUAAAGGAUUCAAGUUUGCUUGAAGAUGUUUGGACUAACCCUUAACUGCUUUAGGACUGGGCUGCAUCGUGGUAUUUUUUUCCCGUAGUGAUUAGUUUUUUUAUAUACCCCGACUAUUAUGCAUUAGCCAUUUGAAAAUCCAAUUUUAAUAUGUAAUUAAUUUACCUUUUUAAAAGUAUAUACAUCACAAUCACAUGUCAUGAGUAAUAUAUAAAAGCAACAAUGCAUAUCUAUGUUUUAAAUGUUACCAAGAUACUAUAACUUUUAUUGGGAAAACUGGCAGGGCAGCUUUUCAGUCAAGUACUUUUGGUAUCAAGUAUCAAGUACUAGGAUGUCCGAGUACUUCUUGAGUACAAUUACUUGGGCCCUUGAGUUUGACAAGAAAUGCCUGGGGGAAAAAUGUUUAUUUACUGGGAAGAAGGAUUUUGUACAUGGUAGAAGUAUAACUACUAAGAGUGGUUUGCAGUAGCACCGUGUGAAAAUCUCUGUUGAGAAGUGUUGGUUAUGAAACUCUGGUUGAUAACUCAAUGUUUCGAUCAGUAUGCCCUGAUCGUCUUCAGCAAAGUUUUGAUCAGUAUGCCCUGAUCGUUUUCAAGAUCCAUAAGAUGAUCAGAGCAUACUGUUCGAAACAUUGAGCUAUCGACCACCGGUUGUUUUCAGAACCAACACUUCCCAAAAGAGAUUUUCACAUGGUGUACCGCAAACCUCUAUUAGUUAUACUGGAAAGUGUUGUUUUUUUCUCCUUGUAGACAGAUAGUUUAUCUAGUUUAGAGUUUGGGAAUAACUGUCCAAACCAUUGUUGUGUGGACAAGCUGUUUACAAACCCUAGUUGACUCAUCGGAUCAAUAAAUGUGUUUGACUCACCCCAACCUCACCUAGUCACCCUUUCCCCUGACCUCAUUUCAAGGCCAAUAUUUUCUAGGUUCAUAAUACCAAGUCAUACCCUCACAAUACAGGCUUGAGCAAGCUCGAGUGUGCACCAUGGUUAACUAAAAGUUAAUUAUUUGGACUUGAACCCAGGCUGGUGGACCGUUGGUUGACUACUGUGGUCGACCAUUUGGAACCAGCCUCAUCAUCAGGACCAUGGUUUCUUCAGUGGUCCAAAAAGCCUUUUUCAUGCUAGUAUGUGUAAUGCGCAAAAGGAAACCAGUUAUUCUACAGUGUAAAUUGCAGAAAGCAAUGGAUUGUGCUCGAUGGUUGACUAGACUUUCAAGCGAGUUGUUCGAGUGAGAGCGUCACUGCGCAAGUAUGUUGCUAGUCAGUGGUCAAUCACGGGUCGACUAAUGUAUGCACUCAAACUUCGCUCCUUGCUUGAAAAGAAAAUAUGAUCAUUCUUUGCUGCUGUGUUUUUCAGCAUUAGUCAUCGACAUAAAGUCGAUGACUCGCCUAUUAUUUAAGGUCACCAAAUUGGGGUGAAAUGAGAACACAAUUUAGGCUUAGAGUACACACCUGUAUUCACUGACCCCUCGCUCUCGUAGACUGUCCUGAAUUAGGUCAGCGACAUUUAUAUUAGUCUGCUUUACGUGUCUGAUUUUGUUUAUUGGAAGAUCCAAAUCAUUUUAGCCAUUAUAAUCAACAGAAUUGUAAUUGUGAAACUAACCUUCUUUUAUACGAGCCACUUUUUGUAAACGUUUUUUUAUGAGUUGUUAAGUCUUUUAUCUUGUACUUGUAGCUUUUUAGAAUUUUGUAAAUGCAUGUUUCUGUAUAUUUUUGAAAGAUAACCAAUUUGCAGGAAAACUACAAUAAAAGUUUGGAUUAUAAAAUGGAACAAAACAAUUGGGUGCAUAUUUUUUAUUUCUUGUCAAGUUUUGUUUUGUUGCCCUGUAUGGUCUGCAAAACAAA